AUGGCCUCCAAGAGGAAGUUGUCUGCGUCUUCCCCCUACAACCAGUCCCACCCCCAGCCGCCGCAAGACACUGCUCCUUUUUCCUCCCCCGAACAGCCUCGCAGGUCGACGCGCCAUCGACGUGCCAUCCUUAUGAAAGACAUAUUACAGCCCGAGAUCACCUCCCAUCCUCGUCCGUCGCCGGGUGAAAUUCAGCGUGAUGUCUGGGGGUCCCCGGAGGCCGUCGAUUCGGCCAUGAAGGAGCUGCGGGAUAUGGAGGAGCGCUUCCAGUCCGCCGUCAGGCGAGAACGUCUCGCCGUCGAAGGGUCCCGCCUCGUGGGCGGCCCCCGCGACGCCGAGCCGGAACCCUUCCGGCGCCGCCCGGCCACCCGAUCCCGAACCGGCGGCUUCACCCUCCCCAGGGACGUGGAGGAUGGCUUUCCGAAGCCGGCCCUUCCCGAAGAGCUCGAGACGGCCCCGCUCAAAUUCGAGGACGCAGAAGAUUGCGCCAACGAGAUGAACAUCGACGCCGACGCCCAGGACGACGAAGUCCCCUGGGACCCUACAGCCUAUGCCAUGAGCAGGCCACCUGCCGUCCAUAGCGAUUACCUGCCCCUCCCAUGGAAGGGCAGACUUGGUUACGCCUGUCUCAACACCUAUCUUCGCACCGCCAACCCUCCGGUGUUUUCCUCUCGGACCUGCAGGAUAGCCUCCAUUCUGCAACACAGGCAUCCGCUGGUGGACCCAUCCCAGCCUGAGCAUCCCGUCAAGAACCGCCCUGACGAGACCAAACCGCCAGACGACAACCUUGCCAAGAGGUACCUCGAAAGGCUAGGGCUGGCCAACGCGAGGGACGCCAUCAAGAUGAUCCGCUGGAAUGAUAGAUUCGGCAUCAAGUUCAUGCGCCUCAGCUCAGAGAUGUUCCCAUUCGCUAGCCAUGAGGAGUACGGGUACCCCCUCGCCCCUUUCGCCUCCGAGGCCCUCAGGGAAGUGGGCGCCGUGGCGGCCGAAUUGGAUCAUCGUCUGACCAUGCACCCUGGCCAGUUCACGCAACUCGGAUCGCCACGGCCCGAGGUGAUCCAAGCCGCCAUUCGUGACCUCAACUACCAAGACGAGCUGCUCACGCUUCUUCGUCUUCCCGAGCAGCAGGAUCGCGACGCCGUCAUGGUCAUACACAUGGGAGGAACCUACGGGGACAAGGCCGAGGCGUUGAACCGGUUUCGGCAGAACUAUUCCAACCUCUCCCCGUCAGUGAAGCGGCGGUUGGUACUGGAGAACGACGAUGUGGGAUGGACGGUCCACGAUUUGCUGCCGGUGUGCGAGGAGCUCAACAUACCGCUCGUGCUCGAUUUCCAUCACCACAACAUCCUGUUUGACGCGAACGAGAUGCGCGAGGGCACCCUGGACAUCAUGAAGCUGUUCCCGCGCAUCCGCGCCACGUGGACGCGCAAGGGGAUCAGACAGAAGAUGCACUACAGCGAGCCGUGCGCCGGCGCGGUGACGCCGCGGGAGAGGAGGAAGCACUCGGCCAGGGUCAAGACGCUGCCUCCGUGCCCGAACGACAUGGACCUCAUGAUCGAAAGCAAGGACAAGGAGCAGGCAGUUUUCGAGCUGAUGCGCGCAUUCCGACUGCCCGGGCAUGGUCUCAUCGCCGAUAUGGUGCCGUAUCACCGGGAGGACGAGGUCAGGAACCCGCCGGGGGGCAGGGGGAAAGGGAAGAAAAAGGCGGCAAGGAAACCGGGGAAGAGGAAGCGAGACGAUGACGAGGACGACGAGGGAGAGGAGGAGAGAGAAGGCGAGGCGGAGAAGCAGGCGCGUGAAGCCCAGGAGGUGCCGCCUGAGGACUUUGGCAUGGGGGGCCCAUUGGGCAGGGUGUACAGGCCGGAGGGGAUGGAGUCCUGGCUGAAGCCGAAGAAGGGACUCAAGCGGAGCAAGGACACGAAGAUUGUGCACAAUGACGUAGUCUGA